CAGUAGGCAGUGCCCUUCCCUCUCCCUCCCUCUGUAUAUCCACUGGCUGUCACAGCAGCGGCUCAAAGACGAGCAGUAACGGCAAUCCACUCUCCACGGCACUCUCACCUUUCUCUGUACCCGUCUACAUCCCGCAAACAUGGACCUGGAGACACCGAUGUGCACGGCGCUCUUGCUUCCCAUCCUCCCCGCGCUCUAGCUGUGCGCUCCCGGUCCGAGACACGUCCUGCUGCCGACCAGAAGAGGACUGUUAUUAUUUUGUCGGUUCGCUGAGACAUCACUGUGCAGAAGAGAGAGAGAGAGAGAGAGAGAGAGAGAGAGAUAGAGAGGACAGUAGAUUCUGAGCAGGAGAAGACCACACAGUCGUGACAGCAAACGGCCGUUUCAGGAUAUCGGGCAACUGAGAGCGGCUUUUUGUGUCCUCCAUCAUGGCGAGUGACUCUCCAGCUCGGAGUCUGGACGAAAUCGACCUUUCCGCUUUGAGGGACCCUGCUGGGAUCUUUGAGUUGGUUGAACUCGUGGGAAAUGGCACAUACGGACAGGUGUACAAGGGUCGCCAUGUUAAGACCGGGCAGCUGGCAGCUAUCAAGGUCAUGGAUGUCACUGGGGAUGAGGAAGAGGAGAUUAAAGCAGAAAUUAAUAUGCUGAAGAAGUACAGCCACCAUCGGAACAUCGCCACCUACUACGGAGCUUUCAUCAAGAAAAACCCUCCUGGCAUAGAUGACCAGCUAUGGCUGGUCAUGGAGUUCUGUGGAGCUGGCUCAGUGACAGAUUUGAUCAAGAACACCAAGGGCAACUCUCUGAAAGAGGAGUGGACUGCUUACAUCUGUCGAGAGAUUCUCAGGGGUCUGACUCAUCUCCAUCAGCACAAGGUCAUCCACAGAGACAUCAAGGGACAGAACGUCCUGCUGACUGAGAAUGCAGAGGUCAAACUAGUGGACUUCGGUGUUUCGGCCCAGUUGGACAGAACGGUAGGAAGGAGGAACACAUUUAUCGGGACGCCAUAUUGGAUGGCACCAGAGGUCAUCGCCUGUGACGAGAACCCCGACGCCACGUAUGACUUCAAGAGUGAUUUAUGGUCAUUGGGGAUCACAGCAAUAGAGAUGGCUGAAGGAGCACCACCGCUGUGUGACAUGCACCCCAUGAGAGCCCUCUUCCUCAUCCCACGCAACCCCGCUCCCAGACUCAAGUCAAAGAAAUGGUCGAAGAAGUUCCAGUCGUUCAUAGAGAGCUGUCUGGUGAAGAGCCACAGCCAGAGACCCAGCACAGAGCAGCUCCUCAAACACCCUUUCAUCAGAGACCUGCCCAACGAGAGGCAGGUCCGCAUCCAGCUGAAGGACCACAUCGACCGCACCAAGAAGAAGAGAGGAGAGAGGGAUGAGACAGAGUACGAGUACAGUGGCAGUGAAGAGGAGGAUGAAGAAAGAGACAUGGGUGAACCAAGCUCUAUCAUCAACAUCCCCGGGGAAUCAACCCUUAGGCGGGACUUCCUGCGCCUCCAGCUGGCCAAUAAGGAGCGCUCGGAGGCACAGCGGCGGCAGCAGCUGGAGCAACAGCAGAACGAGGAGCACAAGCGCUUACUGUUGGCUGAAAGACAGAAACGCAUCGAGGAGCAGAAGGAGCAGAGGAAGCGGCUGGAGGAACAGCAACAGCGAGAGCGAGAGCUGAGGAAACAGCAUGAGAGGGAACAGAGGAGGCGCUACGAGGAAAUGGAACAGCUCCGCAGAGAGGAGGAGAGGAGGCAUGCAGAGAGAGAACAGGAGUAUAUCCGUAGACAGCUGGAAGAGGAACAGAGGCAGUUAGAGAUUCUCCAGCAGCAACUACUACAGGAACAAGCGUUACUGCUGGAGUACAAGCGUAAGCAGGUAGAGGAGCAGCGGCAGGCAGAGCGGCUACAGAGGCAGCUCCAGCAGGAGAGAGCCUACCUGGUGUCUCUACAACAGCAGCAGCAGCAACAACAACAACAGCAGCAGCAGCAGCAGCAGCAGGAUGGAAGGCAAGCAGAGAAGAAACAGCUUUACCACUAUAAAGAUGUCAUCAAUCCUACUGACAAGCCUGCCUGGGCUAAAGAGGUCCCGAAGCAGCAGCAUGCUCACGGUAACCCGCCCCGCUCUCACCUACGACAUCACCAGUCAUUCAACCAACCAGCUUCAUCCUCUGCCUCCCAUGGCCAACCCAGAGCUCAGGCCCCUAGACGAACCCCGUCCCAUGCUGCCCAGCUCCUCUCCACCCACCUCCCCCAUAUCCAUAUUUCACUAGACCCCGCGGAGCCGCUAGAUCUGGGGCUGAAGCAGGAGAUAAGUCAGCAGGUCCGAGAGUUUAGGGCUCAGAAACUGAGUCAGAGGGGCCGCAGCCCAGGGCCCAUCCGGGAACACAACCAGGCUGCUGGCCAAGGGCCUAGUAAGGGACCGAGUAAGAACCAGAAAGAGCGUUCCAGUCAAGGGCCAAUCAGUCAGUCUAAUGCAGUACCCAUCCCUUAUCCUCUGGGGUCAGGUAAUCAGAAAGAGAAGGCUAGAGACAGGCCUCUCUCUGCCCCCAGUCAGGCUGCCAUCCAGGGGCUGUUGUCUCCAGACCCACAAUCUAAGCCCCUUCAGUCUCAUCCUAAGUCCCCAGGACAGGUCCGGAAACCUCAGUCUGGAUCUAACUCUGGGUCCAACCCUGCAAUCAAACUGGUGGAGGAACGAUCUAAGCUGAACAGACAGAGCUCUCCAGCGCUGCAGCACAAAUUGUCCAACCGCAUCUCCGACCCCUCCCUCCCUCCCCGCUCAGAGUCCUUCAGCAGCGGGGGCAUGCAGCCCGCCCGCACCCCACCCAUCCACCGUUCCAUCGAACCACAGAUGGCUCACCUGGUUCCAGUGAAAACCCACUCCAGCUCCAUGUCUGGCUCUCAGUCACUGCAGGACCAGACGGGUUCAGCUCUUAGUGAGGGCGUCAGCGUGGGCUCCCCCAGGCCUGAGAUGCCCCGCCAGAACUCAGACCCCACCUCUGACACACCUACACCCCUACCGCUGCGUAUCACCGGCAGGGAGGAGCGGGAACGAGAUCGGGAACGGGACAGGGACAAGGAUCGGGAUAGAACCGCCUGGUUGAGAGAGGAGGAUAUCCCACCCAAGGUCCCCCAAAGGACCACUUCUAUCUCCCCAGCCCUGGUCAGGAAGAACUCCCCUAAUGGAGGAGUGGGUCUGGGCCCUCGCACGGGUUCUCAGCUCAUACGCGCUAGUAACCCAGACCUACGACGCUCAGAGCUCUCCCUGGAUGCCAUGCUGCAAAGAACUUCCUCCAACUCGUCGUCAUCUUCCUCCCCUUCAUCUCAGGGAGGCUCAGCCGAGAGGAGAGGUCAAACCAAGCAGGAAGGAUCCCCUCCGGGAGCCAAUCAGGAGACAAAGCCUAAACAGGAGGAGGGCCGUGAAUCAGCCAGACCCAGCAGACCUGCAGACCUAAGUGCAUUGGCUAAGGAACUCAGAGAACUGAGAGUAGAGGAGGGGAGCAGACCUCCAGUCAAGGUGACAGACUACUCGUCCUCCAGUGAAGAAUCAGAGAGCAGUGAUGAGGACGGGGAGACGGUGGGGCAUGAUGGGACAGUUGCUGUUAGCGACAUACCCCGCAUCAUGCCAGCAGUGCAGAGCAGCAGUGAGUCGUAUGGAGGGCUGACGGAGGACUCUCUGGGAGAUGCCUAUAAUAGCUCCAAGGACGGCACUCUAGUGAUGAGAGAGGCAGAGGAGAGGAGGAGAGGUGGUCACACAGAGAGCAAUGGGUUCGGUAACCAUGGUAACCUCCCCGACCUGGUACAGCAGAGCAACUCUCCCUCAGCCACACCCACAGCCCUGCAGGAACUUGGCGACAUGGCUGAGUUUGGUUUGGGCGGGUCCAAAGCAUCCUUCACCCCAUUUGUCGAUCCACGUGUCUAUCAAACCUCCCCGAGUGACGAUGAUAAUGAGAACUCAGCGGCAGCCAUGUUUGCGAAUGAACUGCUGAGGCAAGAGCAAGCCAGGCUAAAUGAAGCCAGAAAGAUCUCUGUGGUCAACGUCAACCCUACAAACAUCAGACCCCACAGUGACACACCAGAGAUCCGCAAAUACAAGAAACGCUUCAACUCUGAGAUCCUGUGUGCUGCGCUCUGGGGUGUGAACCUUCUGGUGGGGACGGAGAACGGUCUAAUGCUGCUUGACCGAAGUGGACAGGGAAAAGUGUAUAACCUGAUCACCAGACGGCGUUUCCUACAAAUGGAUGUGCUGGAGGGGCUCAAUGUGCUAGUCACCAUAUCUGGGAAAAAGAAUAAGUUGCGUGUCUACUACUUGUCCUGGCUGAGGAACAGAAUAUUACACAACGACCCGGAAGUAGAGAAGAAGCAGGGUUGGAUUACAGUUGGGGAACUGGAGGGCUGUGUGCAUUAUAAAGUUGUUAAAUAUGAGAGGAUUAAGUUCCUGGUGAUUGCUCUGAAGACCUCUGUGGAAAUCUAUGCCUGGGCUCCCAAACCUUACCACAAGUUCAUGGCCUUUAAGUCAUUCACUGAGCUGCAGCACCGUCCCCAGCUGGUUGACCUUACAGUGGAGGAAGGUCAGAGGUUAAAGGUCAUCUAUGGCUCCAGCGUGGGCUUCCAUGUCAUCGAUGUGGACUCAGGCAACCCCUACGACAUCUACAUCCCCUCACAUAUCCAGAGCCAGGUGACACCCCAUGCUAUCGUGGUGCUCCCUAAGACUGAUGGGAUGGAGAUGCUGCUGUGUUACGAGGACGAGGGCGUCUACGUCAACACCUAUGGUCGAAUCACCAAGGACGUGGUGCUACAAUGGGGAGAGAUGCCUACCUCUGUUGCCUAUAUCCAUUCUAAUCAGAUUAUGGGCUGGGGUGAGAAAGCCAUAGAGAUCCGCUCUGUGGAGACGGGUCAUCUGGAUGGAGUCUUCAUGCACAAGAGAGCCCAGAGACUCAAGUUCCUCUGUGAGAGGAACGACAAGGUAUUCUUUGCAUCGGUGCGUUCAGGAGGUAGCAGCCAAGUUUUCUUCAUGACACUCAACAGAAACUCUAUGAUGAACUGGUGAUGGCUCCUGCAAUUGUCCACUCUGCCUCACUCUCCCCUUGGCCAGCCCAACUUGGCCCACGGCACAUCUCACAAAUGAACCCAAUCGAUGAGUGGCCACAAGUGAACUCUUAAACACUUGGAGAGACUAAAAAGGUGUAGAAAAAAAAAGUCAAAGUUAUUGUAGAGAAAAACAACAACAACGACCUGUUCUAAAUGAAGAGACAUGUUACCCUAGAUUAUAUCAGGUCAUGCAGAAGCCAUCGUUACUCAACUGACUGGCAAACUGGUGCCACUGACUUUCCAAAUAUUCUCUUCCUUCCUCUUUCUCUUUCCCUGUCUGUUACUCUUUUCCCUUUUUGUCUGUCUUUUUCUAUUUUCUCUCUGCAAGGACCAGUGCAUUCAAGUGUUCAACAACUUAAGAGCUGCACUUUACACCUGCCUCCCUUUAUCUCCUCUUCCUUUUUGCCCCCUCCUUCUUUAUGACCAAGCCUCUGCUCCUUCCCUCCAUCAAGUCAUCACUUUUUCAGUCCUUUGACAUCCAUGUGCUCCAUUUCCCUCACUUCCUAUCCACCACGUGUGGGCCCAUUCCCUGAGAACUACACCGCACAGGCUGGAGGAAGAAUAGAGGAAUAUGAUUUAAUCUAAAUUUAAAUAUAUACUUCUGAAUAUGACAGUGCAGGGAGGGCAGCUGAGGGAUGACAAAUCUACUCAGGAUGUUGGCAGUGACCUGAUUGAUUUUCUUUCCCCUCCGUCACUCCCCUCCUCCUCCUCCUCUACUUCCUCCUCUUGCCAUCAUUUCAGGCUCCAAGUAGACUGAAUUGUGAUGUAGUGUUCGAUCGCAUUUUUGCUGAUAGAGAUGCGAUGAGACACUCUGCUGUCAUAGGCAGGUCGUAACAGUAUGCAAACAUGAUGUCUGUGUCCCUUUAAAAUGAAAUCACUGGUCCAUUUUGUCUCCUUUCUUUCUGUUUCCCUCCUCCUGUCAACCCCCAUCAUCAUCAUCAUCAUCAUCAUCAUCAACACACCUCUCUUUACUCUUAAUGUCUUUAAAUUCUGAAGGUGCUGCAUCAGAUAUACUGUAAUAUUACAAUGAAGAAUGAGAGUGUCAUUCUGUUCAUUAGGUAUAUGUUUAUUUCUGUUCUUUUCCUUUUCUGUGUAACAGUUUGGAGUCAGUCAGUCUUGAAGCUUGAUGAAUUGUACAGCACAUGUGUGUCAGCGUGAGUGUGUGUGUGUGUGUGUGUGUGUGUGUGUGUGUGUGUGUGUGCGUUUCACUUGAUGUUGAAAUGAAUCCCAUUCAAAUCAAGUUCGAAUCAAAGUGCGACAUUGAAGUCAAUGUCUAGAAAAAGAGUAAUCCAGUCUCUGUGCGUGAACUCUGACCUUAAUGCGAUCAAAGCAACUUUGAGUGUGUUUACAUGCAGAUUUAUGAUAUUAUCUUCUUAGUAUGAAGUUUAUGAGUUGGUGUAUCUAAACACCAUGCAUUUAAAAAUAGGCAAUAUUAGUGGUUGAUUUUUGGAGUAUGUUUCUGUUUCCUUUGACACAGUAAUAUUCAAAAUGGUCUGGCUAUUUGUGAGCACAGCGACAUAAAGAUCCAUAUUAACACCUUAUCCUGAAUUUGACCUUAAUGGGAUAUGAGCUAGUACCCCCAAUACUGUGUGCAUGUGAAAGCACUCAUUGUUGAAAGCUGUGGUGUCCUUUUUGAAUCAUGCUCCUGUGUGAUUGGUUCUUCUGAUUUUGGCUCCUAACUGUUCAUAUGGUGCCUAGCAUGAUGUAAGCAAAACUAAAAUGGAGGCCAAAAGAUUAUCACUGAUAUUAUAAUUAAAAUUUAUAUUGCCUAAAGGCUCACUUUACACAGUUUUCUUUGUGUUAUGAUCUAACUUUAACACAUAGUCGAUGUUAUUUGUCUCUCUUAAUGGAGAUGUACAUUAACAAAGCUGAGACUUGAUUUAUUCUUUGAAAGGAGUAACUGAACAUGAUAUGAUAAAACCUUACAAUUUCAUACAUAUUUAGUACAGCUCAAUCAUUAAUACAUUCAAUUUAUAACACUAUUGAGGGUGGACUAGUCCAUGCAUACUCAUCCAUGUUGGAGAACAAUAUAAUGCAGAUUAGUUAGUUUUUUUUUUUGGUGGAUAUACUGUAGGCUUGGCAGUGUUGGCCUAUGGUUAACAAAGUUAAGAUGACACAAAAGAAUACAUGUUCCCCAAUAAUGUAAUCAUCAUCUGAAUCAAGUUUUUUCUGUGAAAUUGGUUUCUGUUGUAUUUUCAAGGACUUUUUACACUUGCAUUGAGUAGUUGUUCCUGUGCAGCUGUAAGUUAGGUUCACUGAUCUCUGUUAGGGGGAGCAGGCUAACAUUUUAGCAAUAAAGAGCCGAGCUGAAGAAACCACUGUCUUCCCUGUGUGUGUGUGUGUGUGUGUGUGCGCGCGUGCAUGCAUCUGUGUGUAUGAUUAAUGAGCAAGUGUGAAUGGGGCAUUAAUAUUAUGUUUGUCCAUUAUGGAAUUCACUCUUCCCAUUGGAAAUGCUGACAGUCAUUACACUGAGGACUCUCCUUUCAAAGACAAAACCACUGUAUUCUUUAUUCUGUUUAUUUCCUGUUUUCUUUAUUUUGAAAGAGCAUUACUAAUGUCCUGUUUUGGGAUUUAUUUGUUUUGUAAAAGAGAUGCUGUAAGAGAGAAAUAAAUGAAACUAGAGCAUUA